AUGGUUGACAUUGGAGCGGCCAUUAUCGCCGCCGAACAGCGAGUGGAAGAUUGCAAAAAUAGAUGGGCAACAGAAGAGUCCUACAAACUACGCCCAUUAAAUUUUAGCGAAACACCCAGCAACAACGUCGUGCGGGAUGCGAUCGGACUGAUGAAAGAGCCACAGGAUUGGCACACCCUCGUCCCGCUGCUGAGGGGUCUACACAGCUCAAAACGCACCCCCAAUUUCCUCCUCUGGGAAUUCAUCGUGCGCAAGGCGGGCGAAGCGGGGAUGAAUUCCGUCAUCAUCGACUGUGCAGAGCAAUCUCACCGAACAGGCUUCUCGCUAGGUGACUACAUGCUGGCAGAGCUGCUCUUCUCGAACCUCCAUACCAAGGCUGAGUCGGCGGGAUAUAAGGGUGCGGAGGUCGAGACGGCGCUGAGACAAGCUAAGCGCGUUGCCGUGUUAAUGAACUCUGAAGACCAUGCCCCUGUGGAUAAGAUGAAACCGGACCCACGGCGACAUCCGAAUAUUAUUAGUGUGCUGUUAGAAUUAAGUGCUGCUCAUGCUCUUGAUGCCUUCGGGGGCAAGGACACCCUGGGCGACGUCCGUUCAUACGCUGAGAAAUUACUGGGCACGUGGGUACUGAGAGGAAAGUUUGAUUCUAUCAAAUACCCGAAGAAGAAUAUCCGGAAGGUUACCGACCUUCCAUCUGUACGCAAGGGUAUUGAGAUGGCCCUGCAAGUGGAAGAAAUCAAGAAGGAUGGGAAGCUGAGCCAAGCUCUCAGGGAAAGGUUACGCGAACUGAAAACUCCAGCUGAUGGUGCCCGGGCUUAA